UAGAGAAGAAAAUAAAAAUAAAAAAGAAAGGUAUAGAAAGAAAGGAAAUCGAAAAAUAAAAAAAGAGGAUACGAGGAAGAAUCGGAGCACAUUCGAUGCAAUUUUCAAAGUAAAAAGGAAGACAAAAAGUGGCCCUCGUAACGGCAACAACUCUUCGCGUUAAAGCGCUGGGACGUGGCAGGAUUUAAUUAAGGAAAAUAAAAUGGAUACUUCACCUACUCUAAGUAUCGGCGGAUCAAGGGCCAGAACCGCGCUUUUGACUACGAGCGGCACCGGAAGUGGUAGUACCGAUAGAAGGGUCGUUUUUUUAACGAGUCAAACAGUGGAUGGCAAUGGACACGAAACUAAAACUUGGCCGCAUCAUUGGUCACCCCAUACACCUGGCAAGAGAUAUAAGUCACCGGAAGAAUCACCACGAUCCGAAUUGAACAAAGUUAGAAUGUCCCGUAAUCAAAGCGGAUGGUCGGAAGAGGCAGGAAGUUCUGAAGGUAUUCAACGACGAACUGGAACAAGACAGACUAUUGGUACAACUCAAUCCUUAAAAACUAAUAGUGCAAUAUUAGAAGACAGAACAUCUUCUGGUACAACCUGUAGAGGUGGAUUCAGACUAGGCAUCUACGGUUGGAGAAAAAAGUGUUUAUAUUCAUUGGUCCUGACACUUAUGAUCAUCGUCAUCCUAAACCUUGCUCUAACUGUCUGGUUACUCAAAGUUAUGGGAUUUACUUCGGAGGGUAUCGGCUCGCUAAAAGUGGUGCCCGGGGGGAUUGAGCUAAGAGGUCAGGCCGCUAUUCUAGACACCCUCGUGGCCUCAAACCUUAGGUCUCGAAAAGGUGAAAAUCUGGUACUGGAAUCCUGGAGCAAUUUUACGGCCACUGCUAGGUCGCACGAUGGUCGAUUGUUAGCGAGAUUAACCGUUGGUGAGGACCGGUUCGAUUGCAUUUCAAAGGGCUUCCGAAUAACCGAUCCAAGAGGAGGAGUAUUGUUUUCAGCCAAUAGAGAACAAGUAUUGGUUGGAGCAGACAUGUUAAAAAUAACCGGUGAUGGUGGUGCCGUUUUCCAGGGUAGCGUACAGACACCAUUAGUUAGAGGAGAAUCUGGCCGGGGUCUCAGAUUGGAAUCCGCAACGAGGUCAAUAAAAAUCAGCGCCCCACAACGAGUGGUAUUGGAAUCCUGGGCAAACGAAAUUUCAGCGUCCUGUUUGACCGACUUGAAAGUUCAGAGCGUACACGGUGCAAUAAGACUCGAUUCCAAAUCUGUCUUCCUGAAAGGUCUAAAAACAGCUGUAACUGUCCAAGGAAGAUCCUCGAGGGAGUCACAACAACAACAACAACAGCAACCACAACUACAACUGCAAUUACAACAACAGCAACUACAAGAAGAAGAAGAACAACAACAACAGGAACAAGAACAACAUCAACAACAACAGCAACAGCAGCAGCAGCAGCGGUCUUCCAGGUCCUCGAUUCAUCAAAAUCCAAGAGAAACGAGCAUUUAUCAACUGUGUGCCUGCGCUAACGGGAAGCUCUUUCUUGCCAGACCGGAGGGUAUCUGUCAAGCGGACAAAUCCGUUUGCUAAUGCGUCCUGGUGUCAUUUAAAUAAAAGAAAAUUUCAUCAAACGGAAAGGAAAAUGAAAAUGGAAACGACUGUUUGUACGGACGGCUUAAGAUAUUCGUCUUGUAACGAAUAAAACCAAAAGAAAAACACACACACACUCGGAAUAAAAAUACAAGCCGUGAUAAUAUCCAACCACAGUGUCAGGUGGAUCAGAAGACGAGAGGCCUUUUUUUGGAAAUCAUUGCAAGAGUAUCAAACGAAUUGAACUAGUCGAUGAAGCGAUUGAAUAAUUAAUAUUCCCCACAAGUUGAUAUUUGCUCAAAUUGACAUUUUCUACGUAGCGGAAAUGAGAGAGUCACUUGGGUGUCGGUGGGUGGUUAUGGGUGUCUGUCUGCGUGUGUGUUUGUGUGUGUGUGUGCGUUCAAACGCUUCCUCGAUUUGUUCCAUUUUGAUCGCACAUUGUAUAUUAUACCCUUUGUAGAGUAUAAGUCCGCGUACACCCACGGAGUAGGUCGCGUGAAGUCAUGUAUGUGUGUAUGUGUGUGUGUGUGUGUGUAAUGUGUACUCGGUGACUUGCGCGGAAACUUGAUCAACUACGACGACGACGAUUAUGAUAAAGAUGAUGACGAUUAUGAUGAUGAUCAUGAUAAUGAUGAUGACGAUUAUGAUGAUGAUAAGGAUUUCCUAGGGUUCUGCGGACAUCUAUGUGUAUGUAGCAUUGUUGCUGACGCUACCCCGCGAUGUAUAUCUUGUAUAUCAGUGAAAACGUAACGUGCGGUUACCAUUUAGACAUCAGAUGCAUCAUUAAAUAACACAAAUCUCCAGCUCCUCGUCUAUCCGCUUUCCUCCAUAUUUUUAUCUUACGUCAUUCCGUUGUUUCUUUUUGAUCUAAAUAUCUUCUUCUUUCUUAGCUCCAUGUUUGUUUCUAUAUGUCUCGUUUUUAUUAGAUAUGUUGUUCAGUAAUUAUAAUAACGAAAUGAAAUGGUCUAACAAUUUUAUUACACACUCAAGAAAAAAGUAAUUAU